AUGUCUUCCGACAAUGGCACUGAUUCUGCAGGAAAUUCUCCGUCGCCGAGCCUUUCCAAUCACCCACCUAGACCGGUGAAGCUGCAGCCCCACUUUGAGCGCAUGCUCCCCUACCUUCAAGUCAACAUGCACACCAACAAAUUUCACACCGAGCACGAAGACUAUAUUUUCACGCUUCCUGCGCUCACAUCUAUGGUGGAGUCGCACAUGGACCGGCCUGCGAUUGUCGCCGCUCAACCAAAGAUCUGGCAUGACGAUGCUCCCGCUCAGCCGGAAAAUCAAGCGGAGACAGGCGUUCCCAAUGAUGAGCAGCCGCCGGCGGACAGUCAGACUGACGUGGAUGCCACCGGCACUGCCAAGCCUCAGGCUUCAUCUGAGUCGGUCAAUGAGAACCCCGAGAUCGGUAACUCUACCACGCUCCCAGGAAAUGGCGACAGAACUAAGCUCGAAGCCACCGGCGGGGAACUGGCAUGGAUUCCCGGAGGUACUCGCGCGAACGCUGAGUCGUCGGGGAAGUGGGGUCAAAUCAAGAGCGCCGGGGUCAACAACAUGUUGUAUGAUGACCCGGAAGAUGCUCUCGAUUUCCCGAAACUUGCGCAAGACGUUGGAUCGCCUUUCGCUCACGAACCUGGAGCGGAGGCAGCGGCCGCGCCGGCAGCCGCGUUUUCCGAAGCUCUCAUGAAGCAAGUUCACCAACUCCUCAAUACAUCUGUCUCCAGCAACCGUACGAACACGGCCAACGCGGACCUGGUGAUAGCGGAUUACAUGGUCAUGGCACUCGAAGACCCCAACAUGAAGCUCGAUCGAGAACUGGUCAACGCGGCUGCCGCUGUGGUACGGGAAGAGGAGGCGCGCCUUGGAAAUAGUUGCUACAGCCAUCCCGGAGAGUACAUACCGAGGUAUCGAGCCGACAUCCCAGACGACGAUUCGGACGACGACGAGCAGAAGAAGAAGAAAGAAUCUGAGGACCCAGAUUAUCAGCCCUCUGGUCCCCGCGAGUCCACGACGCGCGACCCUUACGAUAUCCGUAAGGAUCCGCCACAGGUGCAGCGGACGUCACAGCAUCAGCCAACUACAGAGGAUCUGGAUCUCUCUGACGUCGGCGGGUAUGCUCUGGAGAGACGCGACUGGCUGGACCAAGACCUUUCUGAGGCGGGAAUGGACGACUCGGAACCCGGAGACGAAAUCUGCAACACGGAGGCUGCCUUCAAGCGCCUUCAGGACUUUGCAAGAUUUGUAGUCGCCAUGCUCAUCGAAUGCAAGCAGUCAGUGUCGCGGCAGCAGGAGGGACAAGCUUUCGUGAAUGCGAAACUUACUCGUUUGCGCGAAGCGCAGCGGCAGUUGAUGAAACAGGCCUCGUAUCUCUUGACCAGCGACACAUGGGGUGAACGCCAGAGCAGAGUGGUCGCAAUGGCGAUGAUUGGCGACUGGUGGAGCUGGUCCGAGUUCGAGAGGCGCAUCGAACACAAGAAGCAAGCGAACUGGGACGACUACACGUACGAGAACCGUCCCAUUAAGACCAGCCGGCCCUGGAGCCAACUGGUACAGUGGGGCUCGCCUGCCUCGGACCGAGCGAUGCAGAAGAUGAUGCAACGCGUGAACGAGCUGUUCCCUGGCGCUGGCGUUGCGCUGCCUCCCAACUUGCCUUCGACCUCGACCUCGCAUCCUGGCAGUCCCGAAGGUCCCGACGGCGAGGCUCCGCUUCCUGAGGCUCCUGACUCCGCCGACCCGAAUGCUCCGUCUAAGAAUCGUGUUCAGCUCGUGGCGCUCGAUCCCAUGAGCGCUGAUUAUUGGGACGGCGCGGACCCUGGCGACGAUGAUGAAGCCCGCAGUGGUGAUGACGAAGACCAUGGUGAAGACGACGCUGAUAGUCCUGAAGGCGCAGGUGAGGUGUUCAGCUCCGAGCGCGAGGCCUCUCAUCAUGCCGAUGAAGACCAACACGCUCCUGUUGUCGCUGCAACGUCAGACCCGGAGGCCCGCUCUCUCGACCUCGACGUCACCAUGGACGAACCGAAGCGCACGCCGAGCGGCGGCGCUUCCUCUGGCGCUACUCCGGUCUCUCGAGCGCCUGCUAGCCAUCUCUCAUGGCGCGACCUUCAACGCUACGACUCUGAGGACAGCCUCAAGGCAGACGAUACGCAGCUUCCGCUGAUCGCUCGAGCUGAUGCCGUGGAUGCUGAUGGUUCUGUCACCCGUCGCUUGCACGGGGAGAAAACGCAAGCCACGUUCGAUGUGUUUUCCAACAUGAGACUCGGCGACGGCACUGGUCACGACGGCGCUACCUCGACCGAGCCUCCCGAUGGCAGUAGCACUCAAAAGCAUGCGCAGGACGUCCCGACUCUUCCCGCCCCUGGUCGCGGCUAUGAUGACUCGCCGGAAAGAACUCAGGCUAACUCUGGCAGCAACCGUCAACGCGAUACGGCCUCGGAACACACACAUGCUAUUGACGAGACAGUCAACACAACUGAGCGUGGGUCUUUCGCGCCUUCGGGAGCGGAGGAAGGCGCGCCUGCGGCGUCUGUUGUCUCGCUCGGUCCUCGUACGCAAUAUCGCCAACUUCUGCGUACUAAUGCUCAGGAUACCGAGUUCACCCUCGAGUCCGGUCAUCUUGCGCACCCUGCUGAAAACGACAACGAUGCAAAUGAGGAACCGACCGAUAGACCUGGUGGCACGGCUCUGACUGGACACGCUACUCAAGCGACGCUCGACGCUCUGGCGGCCAUCAGUAUUUCUCCCAACGAAAGCGCCGGUCCCUCCGCCAGUGCUCCCAUGGGUGGCAACGGACCUGUCGGUGCUUCCAUUGCUGCAGCUACCGCGGCCAACGCUCAAGGCGGCGGCGGCGGCGGUGGUGGUGGUGGUGGUGGUGGUGGCGGCGGAGGGGCUACUGGAGGACACGUACCUAUCAACCCCGACAACCCACUCAAGCGAUCUGCACCGGACGACUCAGACGACGAGGAGCACGCAGGCGAUGCGCACGUAUCGAAGAAGGCCAGACGCGCGCCUGCAAACACCGAGCCGUCGGCGCAAGCAGGCCCCGGAUCGUCUACGCAGGCCGCUAGAGGUCAGGCUGCGUCGACGCGGGGAAAACGCAAGAUGUUGGUUAUGCCGCCGAGCACGCGUACGCUGCGCUCUCACGAGAAGACGAAGAAGGCUCCCAAGAAGGGGUAG